AACUAAUAAACAUGGAAAUAUAAAAAUUUGAGUGUUCUUAAAUUAUUUUAUAAUUGAAUGAAAUGGCUGAAAUACCCUUAAGUUUAGCUGAAAAAACUUUUAUCCUUCAUGGUAUAGAUGCUGAUUUUAGAAAUGAUGGUAGAAGUCGAACGCAUUAUCGAUGCAUGGAAUUAGAAACAAAACUAAUGGAUCAAGUUCAUGGAUCAGCUAGAUUAAGAAUUGGAAAUACUGAUGUUCUUGUUGGCGUUAAAGUAGAAAUUGAUACACCAUAUCCUGAUAGUCCUGGUGAUGGAAAAUUGGAAUUUUUUGUUGAUUGCUCAGCAAAUGCUACUCCAAGUUUUGAAGGAAGAGGAGGAGAGAAUCUAGCUAAUGAAAUAAGCAAUGUUCUUGCAUUAGCCUAUCAAUCUCCUGAUGCUAUGGAUCUAACUCAACUAUCUAUACUACCUCAUAAAAAAUGUUGGAAAUUGUUUGUAGAUAUUUUAAUUCUUGAAUGUGGUGGUAACUUAUUCGAUGCAGUAGCUAUUGCAGUAAAAGCAGCUUUAUAUAGUACAGAAAUUCCAAAAGUAAAAUGUGCUACUUUAGAUGGUGGUGAAGCUGAUAUCGCUUUAUCAGAUGACACUUAUGAAAGUGUAAAAUUGGAUACAACAAAUUUUCCAAUUCUUGUAUCACUUUAUAAAAUUGGAGACAGUUGUGUUGUUGAUCCAACUUCUGAAGAAGAAAUGUGUAGCAGUGCAAGUAUUGUAAUUUCUGUUAUGCCAAAUGGAAGGAUAUCAUCUAUUGUUAAAAUGGGAUAUGGGAGUGUGCAUCCUACUACUCUAAGUAAAACAUUAGAUAUGGGAACAAAAGUUGGCAUUGAAUUAAACAACGAAAUUAUAUCAGCUUUAAAACGUGAAGAUGAACUUGGGCUUAAUAGAGAAAUUAUAGGUUUUCUAAGAUAAUAUAAUAAUAUGAACAUUUAUUUUGUGUAAACAUGGAAAUUAAUUCA